UCCAGCUUCUCCCCCAUUCCUCUCCGCCCCCUCAGACCCGCAAGCGAAGGCCACCCCCGAUCCCCGCCUCCAUUCCCGGGCCGGAGACCCCGCCUGCCCGCGCCGCCGCCAGCCAUGGGAAUGGGGCCGUUCAAUGACGCCGUGUCGGCCGUCGAGUCCGCCGCCGCCGCCGCCGCCGCUGCUGCCGGCGCCGCCGCCGGUGCCGCCGUCGUCUCGGCCGUGGCCGCUGAGGUGGUACCCUCGGCGGGGGGCGGCUCGUACGCGGUGCUUCAGUGCGGCGAGGACUCGGAGUACGUGCGCCAGAAGUACAGCGGCUACUUCACCGUCUUCCGCGCGCUGCUGGAGGAGGACGGCGAGAGCUGGCGGGUGUACCGCGCCGUCCGCGGGGAGCUCCCCACCGACGCCGAGGCGGCGGCCUUCGACGGCUUCGUCAUCUCCGGGAGCUGCGCCGACGCGCACGCGGACGACCCAUGGAUCCUCGACCUCGUCGGCCUCAUCCGCCGCCUCCACGCCGCCGGCAAGCGCUUCCUCGGCGUCUGCUUCGGACACCAGAUCCUGUGCCGCGCGCUGGGCGGCCGCACGGGGCGGUCGACCAAGGGCUGGGACAUCGGCGUGAGCUGCAUCCACCCGACGGCGGCGGCGGCGCGGCUGUUCGCGCCGCUGAAGCUGCCCGUUCACAUGCCGGUGAUCGAGUUCCACCAGGACGAGGUGUGGGAUCUUCCGGCCAACGCCGAGGUGCUGGCGCGCUCCGACAAGACCCGCGUCGAGAUGUUCCGCCUCGGCGACCGCGUCAUGGGCGUCCAGGGCCACCCGGAGUACAGCAAGGACAUCCUCAUGAGCAUCGCCGACCGCCUCCUCCGCCAUAACCAAAUCCUGGACUGCCAGGUGGACGUGGCGAAGGCGAGCUUCGACGUGCGGCAGCCGGACAAGGAGCUGUGGAAGAAGGUGUGCAGGGCCUUCCUCAAGGGGAGGCUCCCGUCGCAGCAGCAGCAGCAGCAGCAAGCUGUGGCGCUAUAGCAUGCAUGCAUUUCCACUAAUUAAAAGGCAAGGCAGGCUUAAGCUGACGAGGGAGGAGGAGGAGCAAGUUACCACAGGAGCAGGAGGAAAUUGGGAGCAUUCCAUUGGAUGCCUAGGUUUUUUUCAUCCUUGUUUUGUGCUUCAUCAGAGCUCAAGAGUUGUACAGAAACUACUAUUGAACGAAGCAUUAAUAAAGAGGACAAGGGGAAAAAAAUUGUUCGUUGGUUUUUAUCA